AUGCCUACCUCAUUGACGCGAACAAUUUUAUUCACCACAAGACAAAGGCAUUUGAUAUUUAAUCAUAUCAAUCGCCCAUUUAUCAAUCGUCGUUUUUAUGCUUCGGAAGUACGUAAACAAAAUCUUAUAGAAAAAAUUGUACAAAAAUAUGCACAGGACUUAUCUCCUGGUCAAAAAGUAAAAAGUGGUGAUUUCGUGACAAUUCAACCUGAACACGUAAUGACCCAUGACAAUACAGCUGCAGUAAGAACAAAGUUUCAGAGUAUUGGCGCUCAAAAGAUUAAAUUUCCAAGGCAAGCUGUAUUCACUCUCGACCACGAUGUACAAAAUAAAUCUGAAAAGAAUUUAGCAAAAUACGCGUCCAUCGAAGAAUUUUCUAAACUUCAAAAUGUUGAUUUUUAUCCUGCUGGACGUGGAAUUGGUCAUCAAAUUCUUGUUGAAGAAGGUUACGCGUUUCCAUAUACCAUGACUGUAGCGUCAGAUUCUCACUCUAAUAUGUAUGGUGGAAUUGGUUGUUUAGGAACUCCUGUUGUUCGAACUGAUGCUGCUUCAAUUUGGGCUACUGGUAAAACUUGGUGGCAGAUCCCUCCUGUCGCUAAUGUAGAAUUUAAAGGCCAAUUACAAGAUGGUGUAACUGGAAAAGAUAUUAUAAUUACUUUAUGUGGAAUGUUUAAUAAUGAUGAAGUUUUAAAUUGUGCAAUUGAAUUUACUGGUGAUGAAAGUAUUCGUGGAAUAAGUUUAGAUGAUCGAUUAGCCAUUGCUAAUAUGACUACUGAAUGGGGUGCAUUAGCUGGUGUUUUUCCUGUUGAUGAAAUUACUAUUAAAUGGCUCAGAGAAAGAGUUAAUAAAUUAGAUCUUUCAAAAUUUGAAAAUAAAAAUUUGAAAAAAUUUGUGACAUCUGAUCGACCAUUUGAACAUCCUAGGAUUAACCAUUCAAGAAUUGAUUAUAUUGAAAAAAAUUCUUUAAAAUCUUCCCCUGAUGCUUAUUAUGCAAAACAUUUGACUUUAGACCUUUCAACUGUUUCCCCAUAUAUUUCUGGUCCUAAUUCUGUUAAAGUUUCAACUCCUCUUAUUGAACUCGAAAAACAAAAUAUUGCCAUUAAUAAGGCAUACCUUGUAUCAUGUGUUAACUCUCGCGUAGGUGACUUAAAAGCUGCUGCUCAAGUUAUUAAAGGAAAAAAAGUUGCAGAUGGUGUGGAAUUUUAUGUAGCAGCAGCAAGCAGUGAGGUACAAAAAGAUGCUGAAACGAGUGGUGAUUGGCAAGCACUUAUUAAUGCGGGUGCAAGAAUUUUACCUGCUGGUUGUGGGCCAUGCAUUGGUCUUGGUGUUGGUCUUUUGAAAGAUGGUGAAGUUGGUAUUUCGGCAACCAAUAGAAAUUUUAAAGGUCGAAUGGGAUCUACAAAUGCGUUAGCUUAUCUCGCUUCCCCGGGGUUUCCGGAUACUAUUAAAGGACAAUUACUAUUUUGUCCAGCAGAUAAUUUAAAUACUGAUGGAAUUUAUCCUGGAAAAUAUACUUACGAGGAUGAUAUUUCAACCGAGAAAAUGGCUAAAGUUGUCAUGGAAAAUUAUGAUCCCAAAUUCGCAAGCAUGGUUUCCAAGGGAGAUAUUUUGGUUGGUGGAUUUAAUUUUGGAACAGGAUCAUCUCGAGAACAAGCUGCUACUGCAAUCAAAGCCAGUGGUAUAUCACUUCUUAUAGCUGGUUCUUAUUCUCAGAUAUUCAAACGAAAUUCGAUAAAUAAUGCCUUGAUUUGUCUUGAAUCGCCUGAACUUGUGCAACUUUUAAAAAGUUCUUGCAACCUAGAAGAAAAAACCAUACGUACACAAUUAGAUGUUGAGGUUAAAUUUGCUGAAGGUAAAGUGUUGGUUAAAGGUUCGAAUGGUGUAGAUAAUGUUUUUAAGGUUGGUACAUUAGGAAAAAGUGUUCAAGAAAUAUGGAUAGCUGGUGGAUUAGAAAAUUGGAUCAGACAGAGAUUGUAA